GUAUCACUUAAGCCCAGAAUUUUGAGGCUGCAGUGAGCUAUGAUCACACCAUUGCCUGGGCAACAGAGCAAGACUCUGUCUCAAAAAAGAAAAAAAAAAUGUCCUAAGGGUAAUUCUAAUCAGUAUCCAGGGUUGGAAAGCAACAGCUUAGACAAUGAAGAUUAGAGUUCUAGAAAUCAGCUAGUAAGCCAUCCUUUUUGUCUUUCUUUUUAAAAGAACAUCCAGUUCCAGGCACAGAUAAAUACAUCUGGACUUUGGCAUGGACUCAUGGCAGGAGAAUGGAGAGGCCAAAAAUCCCCUGAUUGAGAAAGUGAAGGCAAGGCCAGCGUCACCUCGCCUGUUCUUGUCCUCUUUCGGGAAUACUGGCCUGGGACUAACGUGCAGACCGCCAGCCUGGGUACCUAGCCUCAGCCAUCCCCAGGGAUCAGGAGCCGCUAACUGGAAACCUUCGUCCACUCUUCAAGCCACUCACAGCAGCACCCACAGUCGCCAUGAAAGUUCUAGUCUCUUCCCUCCUUCUGUUCCUGCCACUAAUGCUGACGUCCAUGGUCUCUAGCAGCGCAAAUCCAGGGGUCGCCAGAGGCCACAGGGACCAAAGCCAGACUUCUGGAAGGUGGCUCCAGGAAGGCGGCCAAGAAUGUGAAUGCAAAGAUUGGUUCCUGAGAGCCCCUAAAAGAAAACUCAUGACAGUGCCUGGGCUGCCAAAGAAACAGUGUCCCUGUGAUCAUUUCAAAGUCAAAGUGAAGAAAACCAGACAACGAAGGCACCACAGGAAGGCAAACAAGCACUCCAGAGCCUGCCAGCAAUUUCUCAAACGAUGUCAGCUAGCAAGCUUUGCUCUGCCUUUAUAGUUCUCGGAGCCCACUCCUCCAAUCCCACAUCCUCAGAUAGUGAGCUUACCUAGAGGAUGGUCUUAUUCUCUCACCUCAUCCUCCCAUUCCCUGUACCCACCCCUAAAUCAUUCCAGUGCCCUAAAAAGCAUUUUUCCCAAGAUCACUUUGAUUAUUGCCUUCUUCACGUGUCACUUUUCUCCUAUGCCCUCCUAUGUCUUACCCAGGCUUAAGCUUAAUUAUCUGAAAAAAUCCAGGAAACCUCAGCUUCCUCACUGGUCUCACUUAACCUUAAAUUUAAUCUGGAAAGUAACAAACAAAUCAAUAAAUAUUUUUUAAUGUAAUAGAUCAAAAUCAAUUCUUUCAAAUAUGGUCUGCCAACUCACAUUCAAUCCAAACAACCCACUUUACCCUGUUCAUUCCAAACCCAACCCAGCUUCUACGCAAA